CAAGACGUGAAUUUGAAUUUUUAAAAGAAAAAGACUAAAAAGAAAAACGGCGUGUGUUUCGGCGAAGACGCAACGAUCGGACGGCUGCGCAGCGCUGUAAAAAUUAUAAUAAAUGAAAAAUCCGUAGCGACAAACAUAGAGAAAGACCUAGUGGAGCUAAAUAAUACGAUGAAACCUGAUAGUUUAAUAAUUGUAACCGGCGACGGCGAGAGUGCACCCGUGGAAAGUGAUGAAGUAAAGAACGUAAUUCCUGAGAAUGCCAUUUCUGAAACCGGCGCCAACGAGGAUGUCCGUGAGGAAGAGAGAGAUGAAUAUAGUGUGGCAUCGGGCGACAGUCUGGCGCAAAGUUCCGGCGAACUUUAUAAAGAUGAUGAAAUUACCGAGAAUGGCCUUCGGAACAAGCAGAUGCAAGCAAUUUCGCGAGAAGCAGAGUGUGUGCAGUUGGAAAUUCAACACUUAAAAAAAUUGUAGAACCUAUAUAUAGCUCGCAAGCGUGUUGCCGAGCUUGAAGCGGAAGUGCAGCUGCUGGAAGGAGGAUCAAAAAGAGCAAGUAAAAGUGAUGACAUCGAUAUCAAAGAUGUUGAAGCCUUGGUGAAUUGCUUUUCAGGAGACGAUGGCUACC